GAAAGCAGUUGGCAACACUAGCCUGGAUAGCGGAAUUCGAAAAUCCAUUUCCACGGCGUAUAUAUACUUUUGAUGAACGUAAAAUUCGAUUUUAUGGUAUACAGUGAAAUCUCUAAAUUAAUACCUAUAGAGUAAUCAAUAAACUCUUCAGUCCUCAGUCCUAUCCGCAGGUCCGCGCUCAGUAAUUAGUCAAGUGUGGUUUUUGAGUCUAAAAGAAUCAAUAGUUGUUGUUACUAUGAUGUCAAUAACAUCUUAGAACUGUUUAGUGGUGCUUAGUGCUUACUAUUCGUCAGUGACGCGAUGGCCAAUUCCGUAAACAUAUCGGUGGAAGCCCCCAUUGAAAAUCAAAUACAAGAAAUUACGUACGAUGGGCAGGAAAUUUACCAAGCGCCUUUGUCUAUGUCAGAGAACCUUGCAAGACUGGCACAGAAGAUAGACUUCUCAAAAUCUGACGAUGAGUUCUGUAAUAUCAAGAAGGAAGGUGAAACCAGCUCCGAUGUGAAGUCAGAAGAGGAUAAGGAACCAGGGUACCAGUCUAGUUUGUGGCCCUGGGACUCGGUGAGGAAUAAACUAAGGAAUGCUCUUACAGAAGUGAGUGUGCUCGCAGAUGUAUUGAGCAUUGCUAAAGAGAAGAGGUUUAUGGUAUUAGACCCAAUACAAGCAGAACAAGUUGAAAGCCGUCCAAUGGUUCAAGUAUACGGUCGUAAGAAGGCCCUUUCCGCAGCCGGAGCAGUAUUACUGAAUGGAGUGGAGAGACUCCGAGCAAGUGAGACCAUGCGCAUGACGCGCAACAUGCCUGACUUCCAUAUCGACUUGCUUAGGUUACGACAGAAUUGGAGGCUCAAGAAAGUAUCAAAUACCAUCGUUGGAGAUCUCAGUUAUAGGACCGCUGGCUCUAAGUUUAGUCAGACUGGCGUUUUUGAGGUAACAAAAGCCCCCGAGGAACAAAUAGCGCAGGCCAUGAGUAUGAAUGCGACAGGACCAACACCAUCAGCCCUAAGAGUGACUGUGCCGCCUGAGUUACAGGGUGUUGCUUUUAUAUCAGUCCUCUGUCAAAAAGAACAAGAAGACGUAGUGACUGCGACCCUCAGUUCCUCAGCACUCAACUGUCCUGGGACGCUCCCGGGAGAAGGCGCGGAGCUGCAUUGGCAGCAGAAGCUGGAGGCCGCGCAGAACGUGCUGUUCUGCAAGGAGCUGUUCGCGAGGCUGGCUGCAGAAGCCGUGCAGCUGGACGCUUCCAUACCACACAUGGUGGUCGGGAACCAGAUAAUGGCUACGGUCUUACCAGGCAUUCAGCUGCUUAUUGGACUGUGCCACAACAAUGGACAAAACAAUAAUAAUCCAGAAGGAGUUAAGUCUGAAGGCACAGGCAGCAAGUCAGAGCACGACCACGUAUUGGAGCACUCUCUACAUCAGCUACUACGAGCCGUGCAUCACUCCAAUACUCAUCACCCCUUCCCGCACCCCGCCUCCGGCCCUUUGGGACCCUCCAAACGACGCUCGUUGGCUGGUCCGAUGGCCGCAGACCGCUAUGAGCUGCUGGAAAUGAGCAAGGAACAGUCUCUAUUGGAGCAAAUCAUUCAACAGGCGCAACAUUUCUUUAUGCGCCGGCGCAGCGAAUAUGUUCUUGAUACUAUCGCCAAAGAGGUAAAGGACCCAUUAAUAGUGUCCCACUGGAAUGCGCUGAACAGCCCCACGCAGUCCUGUGUCAAAAUCAACAUCAUGGCUUACGGAUAUGACGCAGUAUGCAGAACAUCACUAGUGGUGCACGUGGGAGAGAAAACGCUCAAGUGUAUCUGUCGAGACGGGAAAGUGCGACAUUUGUCGUACGAGCUGCAGGAGCUUAGGGACCUAAUAUACUGCCAGAUAUACCAGCACCAAAUGACGGCGGUGCAGGCCGUGGGGCGCUGCAUGGGCUGGCAGCUGCUGGCCAGCAGCUCGCACCUCGGCUCCGGCCCCGUGGAACCGCUCGGCAACGCGUCAUCCUGCCUGCUGGCCUCGCCCAAUGGUGACAGAAUGAUAGCGAUACGAUGCGAGCCCUCCGUCGGUAUUCAAGUGUUCAUCGCUCAGUCGCCACGCAAAGACUUCUUUGUGAGUGAACUGGUCCAAGACAAGAAGUGGGAGAACCUGGGCGGCGCCUUCAAGGAAGUCAAACUCGAGAAAAUGGAGGGAAAAAACUUUUUGAAUAAAAUGGAAUUACUCAUGGCCUGUUUAAGUAGCCCUUUGUAAUAAAUAGUUUUGAAGGAAAUGUGUUUUGUACUGAUGCGAAUUUUUUGCCCAGCUCUGGGAUACGAAUCCCAAGUACUAGGUCCGCUUCGUAGUAUGAUUUGAAAUGUUCUGCAUCAUGCACUGACCUGUAAUAAUACAAGUGCGCUGGACUUCCUAUUGCCAACCUGUUUUUCCUUUACUUGUGCUAUAAGACCUACCUACGUGCCAAAUUUCCUUCUAGGUCAACGGGAAGUACCCUAUAGGUUUUCAUGACAUGACAGACAGACAACAAAGUGAUCCAAUAAGGGUUCCGUUUUUUCUUUUGAAGAAUGUAACCCUAAAAACGAAAUCCACGCGAAGUUGCGGGCAUCAGCUAGUUUGUUACAAAAUACUGGUCUUACCAUAAAAGCAGGCGCAAUUUACGUUGAACACCGUUGUAUGGGCUAAGCGGCAUCAUUGUCUGUAAACUUCUUUAAAAAAAGUCUUAUGUGCUAUAACAUAAGAUGACAAAUUCCAACAAAAGAUAAGGGUUUUUGACUUUACUAGGUAUAUUCAUCAACCUUUCAUCAAUAGAAAAAUAUACAUAAAUCGUACAACCAGAAGUGGACAUGGUCGCCGCUAACCUUGAAAAUCGGCAAAUUCCUGUUACUUCCUUAUAAUAAUUUUUGGCGUAGAACAAUUAUUUUUAUAUCUAACAUCUAUCAAAAAGUCUCGGUCAGCAUAUUAUGUAUAAAAUGUUAAGAUUAACCCACAAAAUAAAAAAUAAAAUUUAAAGCUACUCAAAAUAAUUCGCGAGCAAAACAAAUAUUAAUACUGUUUAAAAUAAAUUCCUUGACCAUAAAAACCGUAUGAUAGUGAUGAUAUAAAAAUAAUUUUGUCACAGAGAAUCAACAAAGGUGGUCCGGUACCUUUGUUAAUUUGCGGCGUAUAAAUUUUCAAGGCUAGCGACGGCCAUCUUGAAAAUAACCCAUAAUUUCGGCAGACUUUUUAUGAUAAUGAAUUCACCUAAAGUUUAACUAUUGUUCAUAGGUCGUUUGUGGAAUUUGUUCUAGAUUUUUGAACUUUUUCAACUAAAUUGACCCAUCUAUCUAUUAUUAAAUACUAUCUAAGCUAGGAAUAAAUCCAUACCUAGACAGAAAAUUCUAUUGAUUUUUUAAAUUUUUUGUAAGAAAAAUGUCUCACUGGCAUAUCAAACCUAACUAUUAGAAAACUAGUUUUAAAUAUUUAUAUGAUAUAAUAAUUAUUAAGUAAGUAUUCUAAUUUAUUAAAAAAAAGAUUGAGAAUUGGAAUUUGUGUUUUUUAUUUAUUUAUACAAUAAGGAAACUUAGCCCAUUAGGUGCUUAGGUAUAAUGUUAAAGAUAUACUGAAGAUUGUUCAUAUUUUGUCUUGAUGUGUAGCUGGAAUCCAGGUUGGAAUUAUUCCAUUGUCCUGGAAAAAAAACUAUCAUUAGAAAAUAAUAAGUCAAACUAACUAGACAGAGACCAAACUUGAUUGAAAAAAAAGUCCAACAAACAGUGCUCUUUAUUCCCUUGUUUUUCAAUAAUCUGGAGAAGUAUAAUUUGACUAGCUAAAUCCAAAUACUGAAACAUCUCUUGGUACUGAAUUUUGAGACUGAGCAAACUGACAUCAAGUAAUAUUUUUAUUUUAGUAAAGAAGUUUAAUUUGUUUAUGGCAUGAAAUUCAAGAAUUGACAUCAACUUGUAUCCUUCUUAGCAUUCCAUCACAUUGUAUUACUUAGAAAUAUCUUAGGAGCACUGUUUUGUCAGUUGAGAUAUCUAGCCACAGCCAAAAGCCCCUCAUUGAGCAGACCUGAGGCAAUUAUAGAAAUGAUUACAUUCCUUAACUGACCUGAUUGGGAAUCGAACCCAAGACCUGCCUCAUUUAAGACCGCUGCACCAGGUGAGACAGUCAGGGCUGAACAGACAUUAGGAAACUGCAAAACACCUUAAUUUUAACAUGCAGAAUGUAAUCUAUUCUAUUUUGACACAUUGACAUGGGAGAUGAGAAGUUACAAUUUUUUAACAAGCUUCAUAGUAAAGCGCAACACAGUUACAAAUUGGAGCCCAGAUGCAACAUCUUUUUUGAUAACAACUUAACUCGCCUUAGAUUACUUUUAUAUUCAGUUAAAAUCGGUUUUUUGGAAUGGUUGAAAUCACCUUUGCCACAGCUGCUUUGCCAAAGUAAAGCUGAGUUUGAGUUAUUAAAAAAGGUACUGCAUCUUGGCUCUGUCUCCAGUCUGCAAAUAUGUGUUGUGCCUUAUGAUACUAGUCUACAGAAGAGCUAUUUAAAUAGGCCAACAUUGACAAUUCAAAUAAGUACAGACUAGGUACUUGUAUGGUAGCCAGUGAAUACAUAAUAAUUAUUAUUGAAUUCUGACAAAGAAAGUUAAUAUUUAGUAGAGAUUUUUUUUUCUAUAACAAAUGCAAUAUUUAAAUACCAUCAUUAAUUUAUUUUGAGGCUUCCAUGACCAAAUGAAAAACCAAACCCUUGUAGAUCAUUUGUCUGUCCUCAUAUACUCACAUUAGAAACAGUUCUUUGCUUACUGAGUACAGAAAAAUCUACACUAAUUGUCUUAAAAUAACUAAGAAUCUAAAAUUGUAUGCACAAUAUUCAGAGAUUUACUGAGUUAUUUAAUACAAGCCUCUCCACCAAAGUUCCAAAUCUCACUUAUCUGGUUUUUGAGAAACUACAAUAGGUUAUGCGGAUAACUAUCUUACCAUACAUUUUUAGCAACUGUCAAAAGUGGCCUAUUAUAAUGGCUCUGCAAUAAAAGCCUGUCAAAGGAUGGGUGCAGAAUAAUAAUUGCUUGAUUAGUUAUUUGAAACAUGUAAAGAUGAUAUUGUUAAAUGGUUAGUAGCGCACAAACAAUGUUGCAUACAAAUCUUGUUGAGUAUUUUGGUAUAGAUUAGUCAGUGUGUAUGAAAUACAAGGAAAAGAUGUUCAAACGUGAUUUCUAUACCAAAUGUAUAUUUCAAACAAAGAUUGGCAGUUAUAUUUCAACACCGAACUGAAAACUUGUUUAAAAUAAGUUACAUUUACUCUAAAAUUCUUUUCAUAAGAAAUGCUACAAAAGAUUUUGGAUAUGUUUGUUCCUUUGUUCAAAAUUUCUCUACACAAAUUUAAAGUUAUGAAAAGAAAACUGAUCAGACCAUUAAUGGCUUUAUUCAUUAUUGAUAUAAAUAGCACAUGACUAAUUCAACUGAUAAAGAAAGAUUAAAAUUGAACAAAGGAUUCACACAUUUAGGGCGAGUGAGUACAGCAUGCAAAGCAAAUCUUAAAAACAUAACCUAAAAAACAAGGAAAAUCAAGUGGUACAUUACCUCGACAUCCAACGACAUCAACUUCAUCAAUCUCUUAAGCAUUAAACCCCCAGUAUUAAACAAAACAUCGAAUUUUAUUAAACA